GAAGCUAAUCAGCUUGAAGCGGUGCACUUUGUAGGAGUCCACAAGCCAGCCAUUCUCCCGCUCUCCAUUUGCAACAUCUUGACCUGCAUCCGAUUCGGGGUCUGGAGGAUCCACUUUGGAGGACUCCCCCAGUUCCUUGCAGAAGCAUGUCGCAACCUACCAAAUGUUACCUAAUCCUCUUGAUCCUGGCAAUCCCUUCAACAUGGGCUACCUACGAUCAUUAUCGCUUGCCCAAUUCACUGGAACCUCUACACUACAACCUGCGAAUUCUGACCCAUUUAAAUAGUACAGAUCAAAGGUUUGAGGGUUCUGUGAAAGUCGAAAUUCUAGCGAAGGAAUCAGCUAAAAAUAUAACUUUACACUCCACCAAUUUGAAGAUAGAUGAGGAUCGUACGUCAGUAAUGUCUGAUCAUGAAAAAAUCAGCGUAACUAGCAUUGAAACAAAUGAGGUAUAUAAUUUUUAUACCCUACACUUAAGCCAGCAAUUGGAAAAGAAUACGAUCUAUCAGUUGGAAAUGCACUUCGAAGCCAGCUUAAAUGAUUCCCAAAGUGGCUACUACAAAAGUAACUACACGGAUGCGAUUACCAAAGAAGUUCACCAUCUUGCCGUCACCCAAUUUUCGCCUACAUUUGCCAGGCAGGCCUUUCCCUGCUUCGAUGAACCCUCCUGGAAAUCAACUUUCAAUGUGACCCUGGGCUAUCACAAAAAUUACACAGGUCUAAGCGGUACACCUAUUAUCGGAUGUCAAGAGCAUGAAAGCCUGGAAAACUAUGUUUGGUGCGAUCACGAACCGCUUCUCAGGACCUCGACUUAUUUAGUGGCCUAUGCCGUGCAUGAUCUGAGAAACGCAGCCACCCAAGAGAGCAGCACCCACAAUGGAGUGAUUUUCCGCAACUGGAUGGAGCCAAAGCUAUUGGAUCAGGAAAUGAUUUCCUUGGACAUGGCUCCCAAACUCUUAACGUUUUAUGAGAAUCUUUUUCAAAUGGAUUUCCCCCUGGUAAAAAUCGAUCAGGUUACAGUGCCCACUCACAGAUUUACGGCCAUGGAGAACUGGGGUCUGGUUACCUACAACGAGGAGAGAUUACCCCAAAACACGGGCUAUAAUCUGCAGGAGCAAAAGGAUCAAACCAGCUUUACUGUGGCCCACGAGUAUGCCCAUCAAUGGUUUGGGAAUCUGGUAACCAUGAAGUGGUGGAACGACCUCUGGCUAAAGGAGGGUCCAUCCACCUACUUUGGCUACUUGGCCUUGGAUGCUUUACAGCCUGAACUAACUAGAGGUGAACGAUUUGUAGAUAGAGACUUGGCCAACUUUUUUGACAAGGAUUCGAACGCUACUGUGCCUGCCAUUUCCAAGGAUGUGAAGGAUCCUAAAGAGAUUCUCGCACAAUUUACGGAAUAUGUUUACCAGAAGGGAUCGUUGACCAUGCGCAUGUUGCACAAGUUGCUGGGCGAGGAGGUAUUUUUCCAGGGAAUUCGUUCGUUUUUAAGCAGAUACUACCUGAGAAAUGUGGCUCAAGGGGAUCUCUGGAACUCCCUUCAGGAGGCUGCGCUGCAAAAGAAAGUAAUCCCCUCGAACUUUAAUCUGAGUAGGGCCAUGGAUUCUUGGACCCUGCAGGGUGGAUAUCCCUUGGUUACCCUUAACCGGAACUACGAAACGGGUAGUUUAACACUCAAACAAACUAGAUUUUUCAAAGGCCAGGAACUUGGCAACGAUACAUCAUGCUGGUGGGUUCCCUUGAGCUUAGUAAGACAAACUCUCCCCAACUUUGAUCAAACUAUUCCAAAGUUAUGGUUAGAGUGUCCUGCAGUCACAGAAGAUCUGCAGUUGGUGGAAACCCCGUCCUCCGAUGAAUGGAUCAUCCUAAACCCCCAAGUUAGCACAAUUUUUAGGGUUAACUACGAUGAAAAAAACUGGCGCUUGAUAAUGAAUAGCUUGUUGAAUGAUACCAACUUUGGUGGUAUUCAUAGACUCAACAGAGCUCAGUUGAUAGAUGAUCUCUUGGCAUUGGCAGCAGUGCAAGUGCACACAUAUGAUACAGCCUUUGAUCUUUUGACAUAUCUGGAAAAGGAGCGGGAACUUGGACCCUGGCAGCGGGCUGUUAAUAUCAUAAAUAAACUCAGACCCUUAUUGGAUGAUGAGGAGGCAAAGCGAUUUAAGAUUUACAUGCAAAAGCUACUCUUACCACUGUACAAGAGCUUUCCCAAGUUAUCGGGAAUUACAGGAUCAAGCACUGCCAUCAAGGAUAUCCCCUUCGCUCAUUUUGUGUAUUCCCAGGCUUGUCGUUAUCACGUAGAUGAUUGCACCGAUCAGGCCAAGAUCCUAACUAUAUCUCAUCGGAAUGGAGGCAAUCAUGAACUGCCCUCUAAUUUCCAACAGAUUGCCUACUGCUCUUUUCUGGAAGAAGGAUCAGAAACAGAAUUCCAGGAGGUAUUUGGACACUUUCAGAACACUACGAAUGAAUCUCAAAGGAGGGUAUUGGCAUCAUCUCUCGGUUGCAGCCGUAACUUCAAAAAUUUUGAAAAGUUUUUGAACUACACCCUAGGUUCCAAUGAGAAACCUUUAAGCGAUUGUUGCCUACUGGCAGUAAAAACUGCUUUGAGGAGGGAUCAUUUGGUUACUCCCACAGGAAACUAUAUCCUAAAUCAUGCAAAAAUCUUGGGUGAAAAGUUCAAAAAGAAAGAGCUCACAGGACUCUUACUCGGUUUGGCUGAAAGUCUUAGAAGCCCGGAGGAAUUGGAACAACUUAAGGAUCAGUUGGAGGACAUCAAACAGUUCAAGGAAUCUCUGCCAAAAGCUCUUUAUCUGGGUAAAAUAAAUCAGAAGUGGCGGAAAGACUGUUCCAGUGAUUUUAUUACGGCCCUUGGAAAACGUAUUUAAAAAUAUUACCACUUGUUAAUGUAAGGUUUAAUUAUUGUUGAUUUCACUUAAUUUGACGUGACCUAUUAGUUAAGCAAAACUUUAUAUUCCAAAUCUUUCACUAUAACUAAACUGUAAGUUAAUAAAGUUAUUUACAAACUUUAACACUCA